AUGGCGACAGCCGAGCAUGCAAUUCAGGUCGAGCAAGUGAUGGAGCUCCCGUCUCUUCCCCCUAAUCAGGGGUUGGAGGCUAUGAAGGAUAUUGGCUUUGGAUCGAUAGCUGGAAUGGCAGGUAAAUUGAUCGAGUACCCCUUCGACACAGUCAAGGUCCGACUACAAUCACAACCCGAACACCUUCCCCUCCGAUACACUGGGCCCUUGGACUGCUUCCGCCAGGCUUUUCAGGUGGAGGGCCUGCGAGGCCUCUACCGAGGCAUCAGUGCCCCCAUGACCGGGGCCGCAGUGGAAACCAGCUGCUUGUUCUUCAGUUAUCGCCUGAUCCAGGACGCCUUGAAAGCGAAUGUUUUCCCCGAUGUCGAGCAGUUGCCUCUGUGGGUGCUAGUGGCUAGUGGGGCUGCGUCGGGCUCCGUCACUUCGCUGGCCCUGACGCCGAUUGAACUCAUCAAAUGUAAGAUGCAAGUGCCCGUCGAGUCCGCAGUGGGGCACAAACCCCCCACACCUCUCGUUCUCAUAGCGACGAUUUUUCGCCAUGAGGGUAUCAUGGGAUUCUGGCGCGGCCAGAUGGGCACUUUGAUUCGAGAAACCGGAGGCAGUGCGGCAUGGUUCGGUGGCUACGAGGCGGUGUCCAGUCUCUUCCGGAAAUACUCGAAUUCACAAUCGUCCGACAGCCUUCCCAUGCAUCAGCAACUGAUUGCAGGUGCUACUGCGGGAAUUAGCUACAACUUCCUGUUCUUCCCGGCCGACACCAUCAAGUCGCGGAUGCAGACUGAGGAUAUCUCCCGGCUCCCUGCCAACGGCACUCGACAAAGCUUUUGGAGCGUUGGGCGUGCCUUGUGGCGCCAGCAAGGCCUCAAGGGCAUGUACCGCGGGUGCGGGAUCACCUGUGCGCGUUCGGCACCCAGCUCUGCCUUUAUUUUCGCUGUCUACGAAGGAUUACGACAAAAUUUUUGA